CCUAGAAUUCCCUUGGACCAAAACAUUGAAGAAGCUCCUGAGCUGAGUUGAGUGAGACCAUAGACAUUACCUGUGGUGAGGCAGAGUGGAUAGAAAGUAACUGAACUAGUAGCUGUGAGGUGUAGUUGAGUUGGAUCCGAAGUGACAUUGUUCGUUUAUCAUGCUCCAAAUGCCCGGGUGAAAAGAAUAUCUAAAAGCAACGACUAGAUUCCCAAACUUUAAUGUUGCGAGGAUUCAAAAUAAACACUGAAACUUGUGAUUAAUAAGCAACGAAAGAACUUUCAAUUUUCGCAGGUGCAACCGUAUCACCUGAGCUCUCUCUACUCCACUCGAUAUGGCCACAGUGACGCUCACAGCAUCAUCAGCUAGAUCCAGAGGUACCUCCCCUAACAUCAGUCCAAAGAGAUCUCAUAGCCCCAUCAGAAACUUGCAGUGCAGUCUGUGCUUACAGAGCUUCAACGAUGCUAGAAUAUUGCCGUGCCUGCAUUCGUUUUGUGCUGACUGUUUAGAGAAAUCAUGCUUGCAAUACUCUGAGACUGCCCCCUCUGUUUACUGCCCAGUGUGUAUGGACGAGACUCUACUGAAUUCGCGAGGGAUCGAGGGACUCCCCAAGAACUUGUAUGUAAAGCAUCUACUCGAUUUGCAAGAUGGCGCCGGAAACGAUACUAGAAGUUGUGACCUCUGUGCUGUUAAAGACUUGGCUUCAAAAUACUGUCAAACUUGCAGAUAUAACCUCUGUACUCUAUGCUCCCAAGCUCACCAAAGACAGAGAAAAACAUCGCAGCACAAACUUGUUCGACUCGAAAAUAUGUCUCCUAGUUUAGUACUGGACUCAGUCGUGAAUGGUAACUCCACAAAGUCGAAGUUGUUAUUUUGCAAAACGCACAGAGGUGAAGCGGCGAGUGUCUACUGUGAAGACUGCUCAUUUCCAGUUUGUCAAAAAUGCACGCUUACAAAACAUUGUGGACAUACUUUUAAUCUUUUGGACACCGUUAGUAGGCAACAAGAAGAAAUAUUACGUAAUCUCAUAACUCGAACCAAACCGUUUCUCGUGUCAGUCGGCGAUUCUCUGAAAAAUAUCGAAUUUACGACGAGGAGUGUAGAGGAACGAGCGCAUGUAGUUGCCACGGAGAUCUGUGACAGCAUAGACGAGCGAAUGAAGGCACUACAGGAACACAAGCGCUCUCUGCUGUCUGAACUAGAGGCCAUCAAGACACACAAACUGAACACUUUAAGUCAGCAACAAGAAGAGCUAGUGACCAUGUUUGACUCGGUGUCCACCCUCUCCAAUAUUGCAAGCACAGCACUGAAGGAGCACAGCCCAACACCAAUAUUCUCAGCAAAUCGACCUGUUAUAGUCGAACUGGAGACUCUCAUAGGAUCAGACCAAGCUCUAACUCCGAGGGAAGACGACUAUAUUCAAUACCGACCCACUUCUCCUGGUAACGAAGUAAGAGGGAUUAAGAUGUUCGGUACACUGGACUCCAGAGGACCCUCAGCCGCCCACUCAGUAGCGGAGGGGGAGGGGCUAUUCGAGGCACAGCACGGACAAACGACAACUUUCAAAGUUACGGUCAAUGAUCGGUUUAAACAGCGGCGGGUUAGUGGUGAAGACAGUGUUGAGUGUAAGAUACAGGCGAGUGAUGGAUCCCCCAUCACCCCCUCUGUGAGCGAUCUCGGAAAGGGUGUGGUUCGAUUCUCUUACAUACCAAAGAGUAGCGGAGACCAUAAUGUAUCUGUUUUGAUACAAGGGAAGCAUAUUCGAUCGAGUCCAUUUCUUGUGAACGUACUGCCCAAAGGGAGCGAGCAUUCCGGUGUGUUUCACUGCUGCUCGUGGUGUUCGUCUAAAGGCAAGAAGCACGUGCGGUGUGGAUGUGGGAGUCGAAUGUCUGGGGGUUACAGUGGGUGUGGUCACGGUCACCUUGGACACCCGGGAUGCAAUCACUGGUCUUGCUGUGGGAGCAGAGAUAAGAAAUCAGACUGUUUAGCUUGAGAUCGAUGUCUUAUAUCUCAUAAUAAUCUCAUAAUUCAUCAAUAUAAUUUCAUUUGUAUGUUUCUCUUUCAAUUUCAAUUUGUAAAUCUGAUUUGUGUAAAUCUGUAUGUGAUGUGCAUAUUAUAUGGACAAUAUUUAUUUGUUGUCUGCUGUG